AAACACAGAAAUAGUGAACUCUUUUUCUAGGGCACAGAAACGCGAAAACCUCUCACAGAUUGAAACUCAGGCUAUCUCUCUCUCUCUCUCUGUAGCAACUCAACUCGUCGGCGUUUCGGCUACGAUGGCGACGGCGUCUGUGGUACCGGCGAACCGGCGACGAGGUCCCACCGUCACGGAUGACAUGGACUUCGAGACCACGGAGGGUGUUAAGGCGAUUGGAAGCUUCGAAGAGAUGGGGAUUAAGGACGACCUGCUCCGCGGAAUCUACCAGUACGGUUUCGAGAAACCCUCGGCGAUUCAACAGCGUGCCGUCACGCCCAUCAUCCAGGGUCGCGAUGUCAUCGCUCAGGCUCAAUCUGGCACCGGGAAAACCUCCAUGAUCGCUCUCACCGUGUGUCAAGUUGUUGAUACCUCCGUCAGAGAGGUGCAGGUGUUAAUCUUGUCGCCUACGAGGGAACUGGCGUCACAGACUGAGAAGGUUAUAUUGGCUGUUGGGGAUUUUAUUAACAUACAAGCGCAUGCUUGCGUUGGAGGUAAAAGUGUUGGGGAAGAUAUAAGGAAACUUGAGCAUGGAGUUCACGUGGUGUCUGGAACUCCUGGCAGAGUUUGUGACAUGAUCAAGAGGAGAACCUUGCGCACAAGGACUAUCAAGAUGCUAGUUCUUGAUGAAUCUGAUGAGAUGUUGAGCAGAGGGUUUAAAGAUCAAAUUUAUGAUGUGUAUAGAUAUCUGCCCCCUGACCUUCAGGUUUGCUUGAUUUCUGCUACACUUCCCCAUGAAAUAUUGGAGAUAACAAAUAAGUUCAUGACAGAUCCUGUGAGGAUCCUUGUAAAACGUGAUGAAUUGACAUUGGAGGGAAUCAAGCAAUUUUUCGUUGCAGUUGAGAGGGAAGAGUGGAAAUUUGAUACUCUAUGUGAUCUUUAUGAUACUCUCACUAUCACCCAAGCUGUCAUAUUCUGCAACACUAAGAGAAAGGUGGACUGGUUAACUGAAAAGAUGCGUAAUAAUAAUUUCACUGUCUCAUCAAUGCACGGCGACAUGCCUCAGAGAGAAAGAGAUGCAAUUAUGGCAGAAUUUCGUGCUGGAUCAACCCGUGUACUAAUUACAACAGAUGUUUGGGCUCGUGGUCUUGAUGUGCAGCAGGUUUCUUUAGUUAUUAAUUAUGACCUUCCCAAUAACCGUGAGCUGUACAUUCAUCGGAUUGGUCGCUCUGGACGUUUUGGACGAAAGGGUGUUGCAAUAAAUUUUGUCAAGAGCGAUGAUAUCAAGAUCUUGAGAGAUAUUGAACAAUAUUACAGUACUCAGAUUGAUGAAAUGCCCAUGAAUGUUGCUGAUCUUAUAUAGAAUCCAUUUCAUAUGCUGGGUGGAGUGAAUUUGUCAUAACUUAUGGGGAUUUGUGCUUGGAUGUGGUUUUUUCUCUGGUUUUCUUGUAACCUUGACAUUUGGUUAAUUAGAAUUUUGAUUACAGUGCUCGACUGUACCAGAGGUGAUGUGAUGUCUUCCUUUGCUGAUACGAUUGAGAUCAAUGUGUAAAUUGUGUUGAGUUUCUUCCUCUAAUGUCUUACUUUUGUUGUUGAAUCUGUAAAACUUAAUGCUUCAAAUGAUAUGUCAUGUUUUAAUGUUUGAUGAUA